ACUGGUUAUCUGGGCAAGCAGUUGACGUGAGGAAUUACAGACUUGAAUGAAGAGGUCUGAUUUGCGUAUUUGUGUACUUGCGUAUUUGUGUAUUCCCAGUAGAAAGGCCUAUAAAUAAUAUUGGUAUGGUGCACAAGCCAGCCAUUCAUGAUUGACAAUAGAUAAAGCUCCAUCUCGCUGCUGCCUCUGUGGAGGAAUUAUGGUUGAUUGCUGCAAGUACCUUAUAUGAAAUUAAUUACCGGUACAUCAGCUACUGCCAGACAUCACUCUUAUCAUGGUUUUUCUUGGCUGAUUUCACUUCAGGUGCCGAAUCAUCAGCUCUAUUCAUCAUGCUUGAUUAUCUCUUAUAAAGAUUCAUCAAAGUAACAAAGAAAAGACUGAUCAAACUGUUCAGGUGUGCUGCUGUUUUCGAUGACAAGUUCUGAAUCUGCAAAUCUUCAAUUUUGGGAAGAAUGACAGAUACAGGAGAUGAAAACCAAUUUGUCAACAUCACCAUGACAACCUUAAUCAACAGCAGCACCCACACGAUGUACGAACAGAGUACCACCCUACCCCCAACCAACUCUGAGCGGGAUGUCAUCAAUGUACUCAAUAACUAUGGACUUCCUGCCGUGUGUUUGUUUGGAAUUGUCGGGAACAUCCUCAACCUGACCAUUCUGACUCGACGGAAACUCCGCCGUUCUCUGCGAACUGUGGAACAAGCUGCGAACUUGUGCCUCAUUUCCUUAGCCCUGUCCGACUUCUUGUUUUGUCUGUUUGCUUUCCCAACCACAUUCCUCCCCACUGAUCAUUACACAGAGAAGGGCUUCUUUUUGUAUUAUGGAAUGUACUCGACUGCAAUUAUCAAUGUCUUUAUCCUGACAAGCACCUGGCUCACAGUUACCAUGGCAACAGAGAGGUACAUCGCUAUAUGUCACCCUCUGAACCAAAUCUUGUUGAUGACCUUGCGGAAGACCAAGUUAAUAAUCAUUUGUGUGUAUGUUUUAUCAGCACUGUUCAAUGUUCCCGUGCUUUGGAGAAAUCAAGUGGUUGAAAAAGUGAUUAAUAACAACACGGUUGUUUAUAUCCUGGAAAUCAUACCACUGGGACACGAUACAAUGGUGGAUACCAUUUACAGAGUGGUGUGGGCUAUUCUUGGCAACUUCAUCCCUCUCAUUCUAUUGGUUGGCUUCAAUAUCUGCAUUUGCUACAAAAUCCACCAAUCUUAUCGAUAUCGCAAGAAAUUUCAGUAUGAUAAUUCAUCUUCCCAAGACACCAACAUCACACUGACUACCACCCUCAUCGUCAUCGUGGUCAUGUUCCUCAUCUUAGUGGCACCCUCAGAAAUUGUCCUCCACAUUGCUAGCAUGGUUCACACUGAGAACUAUCGUUCAAUCGAAGCCGUUAUGAACUUCAUGCAGUCCGUGAACUUUUCAGUCAACUUUAUUUUGUAUUGUAUUAUAAGCUCUUAUUUUCGUAAGACCUUGCGACACAUUUUUUGCUGUUACUGGCAUAAUCACAGAAUGGACUCAUACAAACUAAAUCCCAAGGCAGAUUUAAGCAAGGUUCCGCUUCAACACAUCAAUGAUGGAUUGUGAGAAACAGUGAUUAAUUAAAAGUAACGCGAAAUACAGUUUGUUUAGGGAACUCUUCAGAAUUCAAUUUCUUAGACAAUCCUAGGUCUUAACAGCAACUACUCCAAUGGAAAUGACUCAAUUAACCACUCAAUGUACACUGAUGUGAUAACUGAAAACUGCAAUAACCAACCAGUCAGGGUUAGAAGGGUCAGAUAGAACAUCUUUUGUUCACUACUGGAUUUUAUUAAACUUAUUCUACAACUUGAGCACACAGAUUAAAUGUCUUUACCCUCUGUAGAUUUGAAAUGUACGUUUCACUAUAAAAUAUUCCAAAAAUACAUAAAACUUUUAAUACUU